CACUCUCGCAGUCACUCAGUCAGUUGCAGCAACACACUCACCGAGAUCGGCAGCACAAAGCAGAGUCGCUCUCUUACCAGCCUCCAGAAACACACACACCGACACACUUUGCCGCGGCACGCACACACAAGCUCAGACGCCUCCACGCACACCUUCUCAGUGACGGCCGCGGAGCUGAAGGAAAAAGGAAAGGAAGGAAAGAAGAAAACAACACCAGAGAAAGGAAGACAAGAAGUAAAAGAAGAAGAGAAAAUAUCCUGAGAGAAAAACAGGAACAAAUUUAGAUAAAACUUCACUCAGGUUGUCCAAUUGAAGGGCUCCCUCCCGAGACCCCCCGCUGACUCAUAACAAGCACAACGUACUGGUCCGGGAGCUUCAUGAGAGUGUGCUCAUAACCAUCACUCCACCUCUGUGUGUGGCACCAUGCUGUGGACAGUGCUACUAGCGCUGCUGGUGCUUCUGCUGCUGCAGACUCAGCUGUCUGUGUGCUUAAGGGAAUUGCGCUCUGGGGGUUCCAGUUCUUCUGUCUACUCCCCUCCAUCAUCUUCUUCCUCCUUUUACAAUGCUACCCAGCAGCGGCUGCCCGGAGCUAUUAUCAUUGGCGUGCGGAAAGGUGGCACCAGAGCCCUGCUCGAGAUGCUCAAUCUGCACCCAGAUGUGGAAGUGGCAAAGGCUGAGGUGCAUUAUUUCAAUGUGGAGGACCACUACCGCAGAGGUCUGGCCUGGUACCGAGCCCAGAUGCCCUUCACAGUCCCAGGUCAACUGACAGUGGAAAAGACCCCAGGUUACUUCGCAGCUCCUCAGGUUCCUGCACGAGUUUCGGACAUGAACCCUGCUGUCCGCUUGCUACUCAUUGUCCGGGACCCAGCUGAGAGGCUGAUCUCUGACUACACCCAGGUUCUGCACAACCGCCUAACACAACACAAGCCCUACAAGCCCCUAGAGGAGCUCCUACUCCACAAGGGCCAUAUUGAUCCUGGAUACAAGGCACUGCAGAGGAGCCUCUAUCACCAGCACCUUGCCCGCUGGUUGGAGGUCUUCCCCAGGGAGCAGAUCCACGUGGUGGACGGAGAUGCGCUUAUUCGGGAUCCCUUCCCUGAGCUGAGGAAGGCAGAGAGGUUUCUGGACCUGCCGCCCAGGAUCAACCCAAGCAAUUUCUACUACAACACCACCAAGGGCUUCUACUGCCUCCUGUCGUCUGGACACGACAAGUGCCUGGACGAGUCUAAAGGCAGGCCACAUGCUCCACUCAGUACCCAAGCCUUGAAGAAGCUUUGUCGGUACUUCAGAAAGCCAAACAAGUUAUUCUUUGAAAUGGUGGGGAGGUCAUUUGCCUGGUGCUGAUCCACUGAGCAGAGCAACAGUGACGAUGAAACGCCUCCUGAACAGUGCCGACACAUUCAGGGACGCAGAGGGAGAGAUAAAACGGUGUUUUUCUAGCUAGAUGAGUGGGAACAUUUAAAAAAAAAUCUCUUUUUGUUGAUACCUACUCAGGUAUGAAUGUGGCCAACAUGUGCAGCACAUGUGAAGAAAACAAACUGCUGAUGUUGAACCCGUAGCCAACAUAAACCUUUACCAACACCAUGUUGGUGCCUCCAGGGAAAACCUCACUUGCUGAAGCUACAACAGCCGUGCCAUACACAAGUCUGAAACUGAAAGUACAACUAACUCCCUGUUAGUUCUCGUGUGUGGGUCGUUAAAAGAAUAUGUGACGACUUUGAUGUGAUGUAGAAAUAGAUGAAUGGUCAAAAGAUGGUUGCGUUAUUGUUGCACUAUGAACUCCAGUUGCAUAAAAAGUCAAUCAAGGUUCAAUGCAAACGAUUUUAAAGAGAAAACAAGUCUUUGCUUUGAUUUUUCUGAACAACUGUAAAACUUUUUGUGUUAGCAAAACAUUUUAAUUUUUUCCUCAUGGCUAUUUUGGGCUAUUUUACUGAAUAGAUGCUCACGAGUUCUUUUGGAAGAGGCUCACUGAAAACCUGUUUUUGCUUUUUUUUUACGCUCAAGGCCAGCAUAGUGCUAUUGCUAGUUUGUGUUAUUUUUUAAGAUGUCCUUCUAAUAAAUGUCUUCAGUGGUAAA